ACAGCCAACGUUCAGUGAAAACCUUCUAAUCCAAUACUGUUCAGGACUACUAAACUCGUUGAGCCACGCCUGAGAACAGGGCGAUGGACGUCCUUCUACCCCACCGACUGGCCGGCGCCGAUCUCCGAACAAGCGAGUCGUUCGACUGUGAGGAAGCGUUUGGUCAUGGCCCUUUCCAGAAGAGGAUGCUCGUCCUCAUUCUUCUAGGAAUCUUCUCGGUUAAUUGCCACACCGUGGUGAUUUCCCUUAUCACUGGUGACGUCGACCAUUGGUGCAAGCCGCUCGCCGGUUUCAACAUCUCUGCAGCCGAUUGGAAGAAUAUUGCCAUACCGAUCGAGGCCGAUGGGCGCUUCAGCCGCUGCCGCAUUUACGAACGCUGCAAGCCACCCGCUGAACACGGCGAUUCCGCUGAGCCUCACAAGAUCGGCGUUGUUCUGACCGGGGCCGACGAGUGGCACAGCCGAUGUUUCCAAAACACUAGCGACCCACGUGACUUGCCCUGUGAAGAGUGGGACUACGACGUUAGAUCGGCCGAGGCCAGCGCGGUGAGCUCUUGGAACAUGGUGUGCGACCACCGUUUGCUGCCAGCCACCCUCGUCGCCCUGCAAAACGCCGGUGCAGUAGUUUCCCUUAUCCUAGCCGGAGCCUUCGUUGACUACGUCGGCAGGAGACUCAUGCUACUGUCCUCCGCCGCAGCGGUAGUCACCUGCAUGGUGUGCAACUUCGCGGCGACAAAUUACGUCCUCUACGCUGUAGUGCGCGUCCUUACCGGGGCCAUUGUCGCGGUACACACGAUUUUUACCUGCCUCAUACCGUUCGAGGUGAUGACGCACGCACACAGGCCGCAUCAAGUGCUUUUCCUGGGGGCUCUGGGCCUGACGUCAUGUGAGGUUUGGAGUGUCAUCAUCAAACCCAUGGUAAUCGACUGGCGUCUGAAGCAGGUCAUGUUCCUGGCCCCGACUGCUCUGCUGCUCCCGGCUUUGUCUGUUGCCCGAGAGUCGCCCCGUUGGCUCGUCUCCAAAGGCAGACUGGACGCGGCUGAAGCACUCAUGAUGGAGGCUGCCAAAACGAACAAUGUCCCACUUCCUGUCACGGCCUGUCUCGUGGAGAAGCUCAGAGAACAGAUCAAGAACCACGCAAGUCGCGAUGGUGCGGAGAUGGAAGACUUGGUUGACUAUCACUCCCUCCGGCGUCGAGCAUUGGCCAUGUUUGCCGUGUGCUUUUCCAUAUCUUUUGUAUUUUACCUGAAUGCCUUCUCGACGGCGCAGUAUACCGAAUUUUGGAUCCCGUGCUUCACGGUUGUCGUCACAAUGGCGACGUACGCGGGGAUGCACUUCCUUAUGACCGGCGUCGCCCUCGUCAGAGUGCUCAACAUCUGCUUCCUGUUGACUGGUUUCAUACAAUGCGCGCUGAGUGUGGCGGUGGGCGCUGGACUCGUCAUGAUCAGCAAGGCCUUACUCGUCCUCUCCAAGGGCAUCUCGAACGUAAUCUUUGUACACUGUUUCACCUACGUCCUGGAACUCUUUCCAUCGGCAGUGCGCGCCGGUGUCGCAUGCUGGGCGUUUGCCUUCGGGCGUAUCGCUGCCAUGUGCGCGGCAAUGACCCUCGUCCUGAAGCCAGCCGGACGCGAAGACGUGGUAUUCGCAUUUGCGGGACUUUUCCUCUUCGUCUCCCUUCUCGUCAUUCGCGUCCUGCCACGCACGACAGUGGUGGAAGAAGCACGAAUCGUGGCCAGGCGCGCAUCAGAGUCCAGCAGGAUGUCCAUGGAUCACAUGAAACGAACCCUCUCACAGAGGAUGGUACGCAAGAAGCCCAAGGCCGGAAACGUGGAGAGCUCCAUGUCAUCUAGCAGGAAGAGUGGGAGGAGUGGUGGCAGCAAAACUCCUGGAAGUUUUAAAGUGUCUCGUCGAUUUCAAACCGAGCGAACGCUCGAAUGAAGCCACCGGAAGAUUUGUGUGAAAUUACUGGGCAAGGUGUCGUGUUGGCGACAUCGAAAAGUCGCUUCAUGGAUUCGUAUCUGCUAUAAUUAUGCUUUUAGAUGUUCCUUUGCACUCAGCCCAAAGAAAAACCGGAACUUCCUUAUGUUCUAACCUCCUAUCUGGGUUGUCUUCACAGAGUAUUCUUGUGUGUUUCGAGCGCGUUUCUUUUUUACCUGGCAAAUAUAAUUUUCAUCAUUUUGAUA